GCACAUACCGGGCCGACACGGCCCAGGCGGCACACACUGCUGCGCCACGGCGUCGCUCAGCGAGCGCACAGCCGGCACACUGCCCGGCGAAGACGGGGCGUGGUGGCGGCCAGAAGCUGGGGAUAGUUCUUAUCACGCGCCCAAAGCACAACGACAACAAGCCCGGGCAUGGUUUAUAACCUCCCCGUCUGACAGUCUAGUCCCCAACUAUAACAUAACCCUCUUCUCAUCAUGCUCGCGCUCACACUCGCGGGAGCGCUCAUGGCGCUAGCGCCGCUGGCGUCGGCGCAGGUCAAGCCCUCGGGGCCGGUGUGGAUGCCCCCGCCAGCGACGGAAGGUCUCGUCGCGGCCACGUCCAACUCGUCUGGACCAAACAAGCAGUGGACGACGGCACUCGGCAACGCGCUCUACUUUUACGACGCGCAGCGCAGCGGCAACCUCAGCCUCGGGACGUACGGCAACCGCGUGCCAUGGCGCAACACGACGCUGCUCAACGACGGCAGUGACUGGGGGCUCGACCUCAGCGGCGGGUUCCACGACGCAGGCGAUUACAUCAAGUGCACGUUCCCGUUCGGGUUCACCAUGUUUGCGCUGUCGUGGGGCGCGCUGUCGUUUGGGCCAGGCUUCGAUGCGUCCAACCAGACGCCGUACAUGGACGCGACGCUCCGCUGGGGCUUUGACUGGCUCAUCAAGGCGCACCCGAGCAACGACACGCUGUUCGUCCAGGUGGGCAACACGACGCUCGACAACAACUACUGGGGCGGCGACCUCCACAUUCCCGAGCCCCGCCCAGCGUUCCCAGUCAACCGCACCCACCCGGGCACCGACGUGUGGACGUCGACGGCGGCCGCGUUCGCCAUGGGCGCCAUGGCGUACGACGGCGGUCUGUGGAACACGUCCAAGAGCGCGCUCGCACCAACGUCGCUCAAGGACGCAAACUACUCGGCCACGCUCCUCCAGCACGCCAAGACGCUGUACGAGGUCGCCAACACCACGACCAAGGCCAACUUUUUCGCAUCCAUCCCCGAGGUCGGCGAAGCGUACGUCAGCUAUGGGUGGAACGACACGAUGGCGACCGCGGCACUCGCGCUCGCCGCGGCCACCAACGACUCGGCGUACUACCUCGACGCGUACAACACGUACGUCGAGUACAACAUGACGGCGUACCGCGGCUCGUGGUGCUGGGAGGGCCGCAUCCCGGCCCUGUACGUGCUGUUCGUUGAGGUUGCUACUGCUCGGCCCAACCUUGCAGCUGGCGCCGGGCUGGCAAACAACCUUACCGGGUGGCAGACCGAGGCCGAGGCGUACUUUGACUACAUUGUCGCGGGCAACAACGGCGCCGGCGGCCUCACACCGCCUCACCAGUUGCCUGGCGGCACCACCCCUGCAGGCCUGGUGUACUACUCGCCGUACUCGGACAACAACACACUGCAGCCCGUCAUUGCGCUCGUGCACCUCCUGUUCAGGUACGCGCCGCUCGCGUCCUCGACCUCCAAGGCUGCAACCUACCUGGCGUUCGCCAACAGCCAGCUCGACUACAUCCUCGGCAAGAACCCCAUGAAGCGCGUGUACAUGGUCGGCCUGCACCCCAACUCGCUGCAGAACCCGUCCAGCGCGCCGGCGUCGGGCGGACAGGACGUGCUCGACGUGCGCAACGACCCAAAGACGGAAGCAUACGUCAUCUACGGCGCGAUCCCCGGCGGCCCGCUGCGCUCCGACAAGUUCUGGGACUUCCGCGACGACUGGGUCGAGACUGAGCCCGCGCUCGACUACAGCUCGAGCUUCCCCGCCAUCGCGGCGUACAAGAUCGCCACGGGCGCCGACGACCCGUACUAUGUCCACCUGGAGGCCGGGACGGCCGUGAACCCGAAGGGCGUGCCAUGCGACAACGCGCUUCCGUGUGAACCCAAGAAGAAGCUCAAGGGUGGGGCGAUCGCGGGCAUUGUGGUUGGCAGCGUCGUCGGUGCGGCACUGAUCGGGGCUGUGGCGUGGCUCAUCAUUCGCAGGCGCCGCGCCAGUGGCUACGACGAAAGCCCCGCUGUAACAAAGUAGCUCGAAACAAGUUGCCAAGAAGUGAAACACAUCGUGCCGCCCGCUCGAGAGCAAGACGUACAGAAGAGACAAACGUCGGGUCGCCCGCCCUCAUGUGAACUGGUCCUAAUUAUGCAUAUACUACAACACGA